GUCGUUUGGUCGCUGCUAAAGGCACCAGCUAUCAAUCAUUAUCAUGAAAUCAUUCGGCAAACUUUCGCGAAAAUUUCAAGAUCGUUUAUUGUUGUUUUUCAGUGAAGGCAUAUUAUCAAAUUAUCUUGAAAAAACAUUAAACACAAAAAGUGAGUGACAGGACUCAUGUAUUCCUCGUUCUCAUAUGAUGAAUCUGGUAGUGAACAAAAUUAGGAUACUUUGGCUGCUUUUAAAUCUUUUUGGAUUCCUUCAAAGUCAACGUCAGGAAUAUUAUUGGAUCCCAUACGAAUUAGAAACAGCGCAGACGAAAUCUAGUCCUGGAUAUGUAAUUCUUCCAGAAAACAGAAUAAAAUCAUCACAGUAUUCUUCAAAUCCCUCGAGAGAUUUUCACAAUAAUUACGAGUUCGUUCCCAAUUCUGGACAGUACAUUCAGGGCCUAAAUAAUUAUAAUUACAAUAAUUAUCAUCCCAGAAAAACGGAAUUGAAUAAGGAUUCUUAUUACAAUUAUUAUGCGAACGAUAAAAGUUACGAGGCACGUAAAUCUUGGGAAAGAAAGGAGAAUGCGCCACAAUUAUAUUUCCGUGAACUUGACGACUUGAAAGUGCAACCAAGGAAAACUGCAAACAAUACAUUGGCUAAGCCUGCAGCGGCCAUAAAACGUACAGCGAAUGAGAAAAUUCCAUCAAGAAAAUUGUCUAAGGAGGAAAUUAAGAGAGUAGCUAGACAAACUCAAAAACAGAGGCCCGGAUUUUUUUGGACUUUGUUUAGAGUUGCUUUUGAGACUGUAAAUGACACUCGUUCCGCAAUUGGCCAGAUAUCAGAACUUCUUAGUAAUGGGAUUGCUCCAGAUCCAACUACUAAAAAGCCAGGAACUAGUAGCAUGAUAAUUCAAACUACUACAGUAAAAAAUGACAUCACAAAUGCAACAGAUAAUUCCAGUACGACGACUACAGCAGCACCAUUUGUUCUGACUCGAUCUGGAUUACAAGGGAUCAUUAGAAGAAAUGUUAAGGGAUUAGUUCGACUUUUCAAUAUUGAAUGGCGAGAUGCUAUAAAUCAAUCACAAGUCACAACGAGAGAAUUUCAACGUGACCUUGGGAAUUCGAUUGGAAGCUUUCUUCGUGAUAACCCCGAUGCUUACUGAAAACUUAUACCUCAAAUGAAAAAAAGAAAAAAAAUGCAUCUCAGAAGUGAGUGAAUUUUGGGAUAAACAUUUUUAUAUUCAAGGAUAAUCAAAUUGUGAGCGUUGCCAUAUUAAAUCAAGUCAGUAGAAUUCCAGAAAAAAACUUUACGGUUAAAAUGGCCAAAGAUUAAAAUCAGCGGAACGUAUUAUUUUCUGUAUAAGAUCGUCGAAAAAAAAAUUUGAUUAAAAAUGAAAAGUCUUACAUAAA